AUGGAAGAGUCAGAAGUCUUCAAGAGGAGAACUUCACGCCCUUUAUUGCCACCUAAAUUUGGUUCUAAUUUGAAUCGACCUGCUUCUUUACUAGAACAAGCAUUACUUCCUGUACUUAGGACUGAUUCAUUACAAUCAAAUUCUCUGGAUGGGAGGUCUUCAACAUCACAACUCACUAUAUUCUACAAUGGAGCUAUUAAUGUCUAUGACAAUGUUUCUGUUGCCAAGGCCCAAGCAAUUAUGCUCCUUGCUGGUAAUCAAAGCUGUUUGUCAAAACCUGUUGUCACGGAAAUGCCAAAAACAGAAGUGAGAACACCAUCUCAUCCAUCCAACUUACCAUCAAUUAAUAGCAAGUUAGAAAAAGGAAUUCCAAUGGCAAGAAGGUUUUCCAUCCAAUGUUUUCUUGAAAAGCGCAGAGAAAGGGUAAUAAGUAAAUGUCCUUAUGCUCUUCCCAUCACAAAAGAUGAGGAAGAAGACAAUGAGCCAACACUAGACAAUGUCGAUGAGUCCAAUCAAAAUCAUAGCUUUACUCUUUCACCUUUUCCUUCUCGUUUAGGAAUUUAUGGUGAAAUCGUGUCAGAACGAGACAAGGAGGAAAUGGAGAUAGACAUAGCAAAGCUAGAAUUUGACUUCAUGGGGACAACUAGGAUUUUAUCAUUCUCAACGGUUGCACUUGAACAAGCUCUUACAGUUGUUCUUCAGCCUAAUAGUCACAAAACGAGUAAAACUUUUUUGAGUGAGACAAAAUUGCAACCAAGCUGGUCUUUGAGUUCAAUUUUUGGGAGGAAAGUCACAGGAAGAUGCGUUCUCGCAAAGACUAGUAAUGUUUACCUUCAACUUGAGAGAGGCUUAGUCACUGAGCUUGAGAAUCUGCAGAAGGACAACACGAUAACUGGGCCUGAUCAUGUUAAUGUAGGCUCUGGAGGGUUGGAGGAUAACCCUAGUUUUGAAUUGUCUGUUAGGCCAGACAAGAUGUUUAAAGAAGUAAACAGCUUGCAUAGGAAGAGCUCAUCUGUUCUUUAUGAAUAUUCAAUUGAGAGAUUUUUUCCCUCUCCAUAUUCACAGGUCUCAGUUUCAAAGGCACGUGCUAUCAUUGUAUUAGUGUCACAUGAAAAUUUUGAUCUGAGUGAUGCACGUGCUUUGAGGGUUGUGCUCAGUCUCACUGGAGUGAAAGAGGGUGUAAGGGGUCAUGUUGUUGUGGAGAUGAGUGACAUUGAUAAUGAGCCCCUGGUGAAACUUGUUGGAGGGGAUCUUAUUGAAACAGUAGUUGCACGUGAUGUAAUUGGGCGCUUGAUGAUACAAUGUGCUCUACAACCAGGCCUUGCACAGAUAUGGGAGGAUAUAUUGGGGUUUGAGAAUGCUGAAUUUUAUAUCAAAAGGUGGCCUGAGUUGGAUGGUCUGCAUUUUAAAGAUGUUCUUAUUUCAUUUCCUGAUGCAGUUCCCUGUGGAAUUAAGGUGGCUGCUGAAGGCGGAAAGAUAGCCAUAAAUCCAGAUGAUGAUUAUGUUUUGAAAGAAGGGGAUGAAGUCCUUGUUAUAGCUGAAGAUGAUGACCCUCCAGAGGUACGUAGGGGUCUUUUUCCAAAAAUAGCCAACCCUCCAAAAUAUCCUGAGUGUAUAUUGUUUUGUGGCUGGCGUCGUGACAUUGAUGAUAUGAUUAUGGUUCUAGAGGCAUGUUUGGCUCCAGGUUCGCAACUGUGGAUGUUUAAUGAGGUUCCAGCAAAAGAAAGAGAGAAGAAGCUGGCUGAUGGUGGACUUGAUGUAUCUAGAUUAGAGAACAUAGAACUUGUCCAUCAUGAGGGGAAUGCUGUCAUUAGACGGCAUUUAGAGAAUCUUCCUUUAGAGAAAUUUGAUUCUAUUUUAAUUCUUGCAGAUGAAUUGCUGGAGGACUCUGUUGUGCAAGCUGAUUCACGAUCUCUUGCCACUCUUCUUCUUAUACGAGAUAUACAGUCAGAGCGUCUUCAACACAAAGAUAGAAAUUCACCUUCUUUACGGUUCUCUGGGUUCUCUCACAGCUCUUGGAUCCGUCAAAUGCAGAAUGCUUCAGACAAAUCAAUAAUUCUUAGUGAAAUCCUGGAUUCUAGGACGAGAAACCUGGUGUCAGUGUCCAGAAUUAGUGACUAUGUGUUAUCAAAUGAACUGGUCAGUAUGGCACUAGCAAUGGUGGCUGAAGACAAGCAAAUAAAUCGCGUUCUUGAGGAGCUGUUUGCAGGGAAGAAUAGUGUCAACAGCAACAACGAGAACGAUAAUAGCGGUCAGUCUGACUCUUGGUUUUUAUUUUUAUUUUGGAGAAACAAACAUGAUGAUGGUAAACCAUCAAAAUCAUUUGAGCCUUCAUUCAAUUCAUCAAAACAAAAGAAAGAAGAAUUUGAGCCCAAAGCCAAGGACAAAAAAAGGCAGGAAGGAGAGAAGGCAGCACAACAGGGAAAGCAAGCAUCAAAAAAAGAAAUUUGUUGCUCAUGUAAUGGGCCAAACUCGUCCAAAUAUAAAUGCACAGAGUGUUAUUUGAAAGCUAAAGCCAAUAUGUUACCUCCAAUGCCACAAGAAUUUUCGCCCCUGGAUAAAGAGAAAUAUUUACGCUAUGGGAUGUAUUGAACAUAUUUCAAUUUGGUUUUCUUCUCAAAGAAAAAAUAUUUCAAUUUGGUUUUCAAUUUAAAAAAUAAAAUAAAAUAAAAUUCAGGUUUGAUUC